AUGGAGAAGUUCGAACUCAAGAACAUUAAAUCCUGUCGUGACGCCCAUGGAAAUGCGGUGGAGUUCUAUGCUACCCUCAUAGACCUUGCGAAGGCCUUUGAUGGCGUGAAUCACUACGAACUCUGGAAGAUCAUAAAACAAGCAGCUAUACGGCACGUAGUGACUGGGGUGCCUGAAGUUGAAGGUGUAUCUAACACCCCAAAAGAUAAUUUUGUGGAUUCUGCCCCCAGGACAGUCCCUACCCCUGAAACAAGAAAAUUUACCGUUGACCCUUCUGGAAAUAUCGUAUUAUCUGAUGGAACCCCUGUUGUGCAGCCAGCGGUGGUGGAGGAUACCACUGGUUUUUCUGGCCAGUUGGAUAUGCAAGACGGGGCUUUACCUUGCAAAUCCCAAACGCUUGAUUGUUCUCCGGGUGUCUUAGAUACUGUCAAAUGCACAAGUUGUGCCUCGCGUCUCAGUCCGUUUUCUGUUCCGUGCGAGGUACAUCCAGUUUUGAAAGUUAUCAUAUGCAAGCGUUGCCUUAAAUUCUAUGGAAAAGGAGAUUUUCCGAAAGAUGAUUUUGGAAAGGACGAAAACUGCAGAUGGUGUGGAGAUGGCGGAGAUCUGAUUUGUUGUGAUUCUUGCUCCAACACCUUCUGUAAAAGCUGCAUAAGGCGAAACAUCGGUCGAACCUACCUUCAUAAUAUUGAAGAGUUGGGUGAAAAUGAAUCUUGGAAUUGUUUGCUUUGUACAAAAGAACCUCUUCUGCCCCUCCAGAAGCAAUGUUUUGAAAUUAUGCAGCGUGUUCGGGCAUAUCACGCACAACGCAAAAAACGUUCAGAACGUGCCCAUGAGUUGUGGCGUCAGCGCUCCGGCGCCUCCUCUGCAAGCACUCCUACCUCGUCAGUAACUACUGCGAUAACUUCUCCACAGGUUCUCCCUCCUAGUGUUAGUCCGGACCGUUCUUUGAACACUUCCCAACCACUCGUCAGUCCUUCUACGAGCAUCAGUGCGGAGCAGCCGUUGCAGGCUCCUUUACCUGCUUUUAGCCCACCCGAGGGACUGAAUGCUUUGGCAGCUGUUUUGGCCGGGGUCACAGGCACAUGUGGAACUCCGCUGAUAGCGCCCUUUGGAGCUCUCCCCCCGGCUUCCGAUCUGUUGGCCGCGGUGUCCAAUUUGCAAGCGCUAGCUUCUGUUCCCUUGACUACCUCACCAGUUGCGCCCGGCUCCACGCUACCAGAUACGCAGCCUACCAAGCCUCAAACUCCGUCAGCCCCUACCACAGGUUCGGUUCCCAUAGCUGCAAAACGUCCCGAGAUUCCGGCUCCUCAAAGCAAUAAAAACCAAAGCUCUGGCCGUGGAAAAUGGGGGACUGGAUCCAAUCCCAACAGCAGUGAU